CUACCCCAAGAUGUUGUGGACGAUAUUCUCCAAUCUUUGAUUCGACAUUCAGCGUUGAAUGCGACCACACUUCGCAUUCUACGAAACUGUGAAUUGGGUGUGCUUUCGCUUUCGGGAUGUCGCGGUGUCACGGACGAAUGGCUAGAGGCGCUAUCCGCAGAGAGCUCUGACUCGCCGCCGCACCUUCGAACCGCUUUGAUGUGGCAUCCUUGCGCGGCUUCGAGCGCAUUGACCAAUACGACGCUUCUGGACCUUCGUGGUUCCCAACGGCUAACCGACCGUGGUCUAAUGCAGCUUCAUGACCUCGGCCGACUGGAAGUUGCCAAGCUUGACAACUGUCAUUCCGUUGUUGGCAGAGGCCUUGUUGUACUCUCCUCGUCUCCUCGUUUGCACACGUUGUCGCUGACAAAUUGCCGGAGAUUAACGGACGAAGCGAUCGUCAACAUCUCGCACCUGCAAUCCCUCCAGGCUCUAUCAUUAGACGGAUGUCGCUGCAUAACGGACUUCUCGUUGGCUGCCUUGGCCGAUAUGUACAACCUUAGGAAGCUAGGACUCAGUCAAUGCGACUUGAUUACCAACGAGGGUUUGAAAGCGCUCGAGCACCUGCAACGCUUACAAGAGAUUAGUCUGGGAUGGUGUCGUCAAGUGUCAGAUGCCGGAAUCCAGACAUUGACCGCACAACCAGGACGCUCUUCAAACCUGCAAAUUCUUCGCCUUGCUCGAUGUCCCAUCACAGACGAAGGCGUCCAAUACCUGGGCAAAAUCAGGAACGUUAAAACACUGGAGCUGUGUUAUUCCGCCGUCAAGGACAUUCAUUUGACAAAGCUAGUGAACCUUCCUAUGCUGGAAGAGUUGAAUCUAGAUUCUUGUCCCAUUGGCGACCUAGCGAUCCAGCACUUUGCGAACCAUAACGUUCUUCCCAACCUUGUGUCUUUGGAUUUAGCCGACAGUGACAUUAGCGAUCUUGGCAUGGUCCAAAUUGCCAAGUUUACGAAAUUGAAGCGCCUUUCUCUCUUUUAUUGCAGCAUUAGUAAUAGAGGACUGCGACACUUGUCCAUCUUGACCGAGCUGCGGGUACUGAACCUUGACAGUCGCGAUAUCUCCGACGACGGGUUGCGCCACCUGCAGCAUUUGAAACAACUCAAGUCUCUGGACAUUUUUUCGGGCCGAGUGACGGAUCUCGGCUGCACUUACCUUUCCAAAAUCAAGACACUUGAAUCUCUGGAGCUCUGCGGUGGUGGAGUCCGGGAUGCGGGUUGUGCAUCGUUGGCCAAGCUCGAGAAUCUGACGAGUCUCAAUUUGUCGCAGAACGAGCGGAUCACCAAUCGCGGAGCGGCGGCACUGGCUGCGCUCUCGAAAUUGAAAGCUCUCAACUUGAGUCACACACGAGUCAACGCAUCCGCUUUGCGCUACUUUAGCGGCCUCAUGAAUUUACAGUCGCUGGCAUUGUACGGUUGC